GGGAGAGGCGCGCGCGAUCACCUGGCUCCCGUACUUAUAGGAUGUCUCGCUUGGCGGGGCGGUCUGCUGCUCGUCGCCCCUGCUCUGCAUUCCUUCGCUCUGGCUCUCUUCAGGCCGCUCCUACCAGUCCGCUCUCUCUGCUCGUCAAGGCGCAAUGUCGAGGUCCGAUAGCAAGAAGCCCGUCACCUUCGCCGUGCACAUCACGGCAGGGGGCAUCGCGGGUGCUUGCGAAGCACUCGCAUGCCAGCCCUUGGACACCAUCAAAGUCCGAAUGCAGCUUUCGCGUUCAGGACGCGCACCAGGCACUAAACCCAGAGGGUUCUUCGCGACUGGCGCAUGGAUAGUCAAGCGGGAAACCCCACUCGCCCUGUACAAGGGUCUGGGUGCGGUCCUAUCCGGCAUCGUCCCCAAGAUGGCCAUCCGAUUUGCAAGUUUUGAGACGUACAAGGGGUGGCUGGCGGACAAGGAGACAGGAAAGACCGCCACUCGGAAUAUUUUCCUUGCUGGUCUCGCCGCAGGGACGACUGAGGCCGUUGCCGUCGUCACGCCAAUGGAAGUAGUCAAGAUUCGGCUACAGGCGCAAAUGCAUUCGCUUGCGGACCCUCUUGAGCAGCCUCGCUACCGCAAUGCAGGCCAUGCGGUGUAUACCAUCGUCCGAGAAGAAGGUUUCAGCGCGCUAUACCGCGGGGUCUCCCUCACCGCUUUGCGGCAGGCCACGAACCAGGGCGCAAACUUUACCGCAUACCAGGAGAUUAAGAAGCUAGCACAUCAGUACCAGCCCGACCUCAAGGACCUGCCCUCGUACCAACAUAUGAUUAUCGGCCUGAUAUCAGGAGCGAUGGGCCCGUUCUCCAACGCGCCCAUCGACACUAUCAAGACGCGGUUACAGAAAGCGCCUGCAACGCCGAACAUUAGCGCCUUGCAGCGUAUCAUGGUGAUCGCGUCGGACAUGUGGAAGCAGGAGGGUGUCCGCUCUUUCUAUAAGGGUAUCACGCCUCGCGUCCUGCGUGUUGCGCCCGGGCAGGCGGUCGUGUUUGCCGUUUACGAGAAGGUCUCGGGCAUCAUGGAGGCCCUCAAGCCGGCUCUGUACGAGGACGACAACUAUUCGGAGUGAUGGGAGCGCGGCUCAUGGACCUCUUGCAUCUUGUACCACUACGCACGUUCAUCAUGUAACAUUAUUCGCCUGAAAAUAUACCGUUUGGCUUGCCUUCA